AUGUUGAAUAGAUUUGCUAAGGUUGAAAACGCUUUACUUGACUUUAGUCAAUUAUUUCAAAAAUAUUUAAGUAAGAAAUAUGAUCAUUUAUCAGAAGAAGAAGUUUUUUCUUCGAAUGGAAAAAUCAAAAAAGAAAUUUUUGAUUCUCUUAAACAUUCGAAAAAUUUUGACGAUAUUCGAAAGCUGAUUAAAACGUUCAAUGAUUCAGGAUUGAAUGAUCUUGUUGAAAAAUGUGAACCAUUUGUCGAAGAUGGUGAUAAAAAAGCGAGUACAGAAAUUAGUGAUUGUUUACGAGAAUGUAUUAUUGAUACAACAGAAAAUUACACGACGAGUUUAUUAACAUUUCGUCAUCAAGCAUUAAAUGCUUUUGAUCAUUUCGAAAAAAACUUACAUGAUCUAUUAUCGACUUAUGGUGUUAUUCAAAACAGAAAUUUGACAUACUUUAUGGAGCAAAGAUUAAACAAACCAAACAAUCUUCCUGAUAAUACCAAUAAUAAUUAUUGUAAUGAUUAUUUAGAUUUUUAUAGAAAUUUUGUAAACGAUUUAGAUGGAGAAUUUAAAGAACGUGCUUCUGUAAUAAAAAAGAUUUUAAAUGAAAAUAAUCAUACACUUAAACCUUAUUUCAAACAGAAAAUAAAUAAUAUAAGAAAUUUAUUAACUAGUUAUGUUCAUUGGUAUAAACUAGAAAGUUUUAGAAAGGAUGAGUAUGAUAUUUUUCAAAUCAAAACAACUUCUGCAAUUCUUAGUAGGAUUUUAGAUGUUAUUAAAUCGAAAUAUUCUGAUUGUUUUUGUCCGAAUAAUGAAAUAAGAAUUAUUAAUUCUAAUAAGCUCUAUAUUGAUAGUGAUCUAUCGAGUUCAAAAUAUUUGGGAGUCAAUAUUGUUUUAGUUAGUCCAUAUCAAGAGUUAGUUCAGAAUAAAACUAAGUUAGAGAUUAUUACAAAUGGCAAAGAUGCAAAAGAUAUUUGGAGUAAUAAUCCAGCAAAAAAUGGAAUUGGAACAGAUCAAAAUAGGAAAGGAAAUAAAGGAGAAGAUGAAUGUGAUGGGAAACCCCGAAAAAGUGCAGGACAUGUUUAUAUAGUUGCGAAUGAGCUACCAAAGAUAGAUGCGCUUCGAGGAGGUGCCUGGUCUUAUCGCAAUCAUCGUAUUGGUACUGAUGGUCAGCCCGGUGGUUGGGGAGGAGACGCGGGUUCAGGACGAUAUCGUGGUAAUGGAGGUCAUCCUGGAUUAGUAAAAUUUGUUGCGUUAGAUGAUAUUUCAGAGGAGAUUUCAUAUAAAAGUUCACCAGGAAAAUCAGGAAGUGGUGAUGGUCAGUCAGGGCAGCCAGGUAAAGCUGGCAAACAUGCUAAAGAUGGUCUCGAAUAUGCAGCUAUAAGCAAUUGGAUAAAUCUCUUUAAAGCUGCAGUUACAGGUCGAAACAGCACCGACUUAAAAGGAGGUCGUCGGUAUUCCUCUGAAAGACGUUAUUUAAACGAGAAAAAACUAUUAGAAGAGUAUAAUAUGCGUAUAUUUGAAAUUGAGGAUAAUAACUGUGAGCUUUGUUUUAGUCAAAGUGAAAGAUUUAUUUAAAAGUUGUAAAUUGAAAUCACCACAGCGUUUGUUAGUAAAUGGCUGUUGCGUAAUGUUUAUUGUUAUUAAUGAAAAUAAAUUUCUCGACUAACACCCCACUCUUCUACGAUUGGGACAGGUCGGAAGUUUUCAAGUCACAAAUAAAGUCAUUUUCUUAAACGGCUUCAUGUCCAGCUAAGACUUGUUCAUUUGAGAAAAAUCG